UCCCAAUACGGACUAGUGGCGCACACUGCGAAUUACCAAAGAAUCCGCGGGUCAACGAAUCUUCCUCAUCUUCGACAGCCGCCAACCCGACCUUUUUUCCCCUCGACACCGCUUCCUCGUCGAGACAACACCGCAACAAUGGCCACCGAGUUGACCGUCCAGUCCGAGCGCGCUUUCCAGAAGCAGCCUCACAUCUUCCUCAACGCUAAGAGCAAGGCCUCCAGCAAGAAGUCUGCCUCCGGUCGCCGCUGGUACAAGGAUGUCGGUCUCGGUUUCCGUACCCCCAAGACCGCCAUUGAGGGCUCCUACAUCGACAAGAAGUGCCCCUUCGUCGGCCAGAUCUCCAUCCGCGGCCGUAUCCUGACCGGAAAGGUCGUCUCCACCAAGAUGCACCGUACCAUCGUCAUCCGCCGUGAAUACCUUCACUACGUCCCCAAGUACAACCGUUACGAGAAGCGCCACAAGAACCUGUCUGCUCACGUCUCCCCCGCUUUCCGUGUUGAGGAGGGUGACUGGGUUACCGUCGGCCAGUGCCGUCCUCUGUCCAAGACUGUCCGCUUCAACGUGUUGAAGGUGUUGCCCCGCACUGGCAAGGCUGUCAAGUCUUUCGCCAAGUUCUAAGUGUUGGAUAAUUGGGUUUUCGAAGACAUAACGGCGAAGGAAGCGGUAUGAAUUGGAUACAGGAAAUCCUCGGGUGGGGAUUGGGAUAGUUUACGAGUUUCCAUGUCCCAGAUACCUCGCUGAAGAAUGAGUGUAUCCACGCAAAAAGCAAAAAUAUUUCUUCAAUCUUCUUGCGAUGGAAACUGUACAACAGCUCUGGUCAAAGAAAAGACUGGCCAUAUAUGUCAAUCUUGACAGAGUCUAUCUCAAUGCGCAUUCUGGGUUAUUCCCACUCUUCAAAGCUACUUCGGUUGCUCAGUAUGUGUCUUCUAGUCACGUAGACUUGGCGGGAGUGUGCUCGUCCUAGGUUUGUUUCCGUCUUCUUCAAUGGUUUGGUGGCCUGUCCAGUCAUGCCGUUAUGUCUUUUCAAUGCCCUAGUCGACAGGAAUGGCUACUUUCGCAGACUACUGUACGCUAUUCAGAUAAUAUCAUUUCCAUUCAUG